AUGACACAACGAAUCAAUCUCAGCGAGGAUGGCGCAAGCUACAUCAUCAUGGAUACCCUCCCAGAAGACCUCAAAACCUAUGCCACAGACACUUUCGACACUCUUUUCGAUCUGCAUCCCGAAGAAAGAGGCAAAGUCCAGAUGCAAACCGGCGAAGUCGAGUCACCGCGUUGGCACAAGAGCUAUCUUAACACACCAAUCCACGACCCAGCAUUACACUAUAGCUACAUGUUUUCUGGAAAGAACGACCCUGCCAACCGCGACCCUCUCCCAAACGCAUUGCUGCCUUUUCUGAACUACGUCAACAGAGACAAUGCUGGAUACAAUCAAGUCGUCAUAAACUGGUACAAGGACGGACAAGACUUUACAGCACAACACAGCGAUUGCGAAGUGGGCAUGGAGGAAGGCGCUGAUAUUGUCAUCAUCUCGUUGGGUGACGAGCGCGUUCUCAAGAUACGAGCCAAACACUUGGAGCAUCUCGAGCAUGGAGAGGCUUUGAAAGUUCCUCUUCCUCAUGGAUCAGUUUUGACUAUGGGCGGUCAUACGCAAAAGCUCUUUCGUCAUGGUGUCCCCAAAUCCGAUUCAGAGGAACCGCGCAUCAGCAUCACGUUUCGAAGAUUCAAGAAGGAAUGA